GUGAGAUAAGGAUUGAAGAAAACAACAACUUCUUAAUGUCUGACCUCUGAGGCGCCGCUCUGGAUGUUCAGAACAGCUCUAAGAAGAUUCCAGGACAAAUGGAAAUCGUACAGACACAGGUUUGUGCCUUGGGUUGUUCUGAACCUGUCAAAAAAUGAGAAAACUCUGCGGCAGGUGACGAAGUCCUCUAAAGACAAACUAGUCCCGGAUGACGAGGUUUCACAAAGUCUGCUGAAGCUCUUCGGAGACCUGCUAAAGAGUUAUGGGGCUAAUCGCAUGGAGAUCCGGGGAGCGCAGGCUCGCUUCUUCCCACAACAAACAAGUGAAGACGAUCAGGAUGGAAGAUAUGCAAUGUGUGUACAUGAUGCUAUGCUACAGUCUCUGGGAUUCUUUAUUGAGCGGAAGCCUAGCACUUUACCCUUUGCAGGAACUGGAGUGUUUGUCACCAGGGGAUUUGUACCCAAAGGAGUAACAGUUGCCAUGUAUCCUGGUACAAUCUAUCAACCAUAUGAGCCCAUUCUCCUUCAGUCUAUCAGAAACCCGUUUAUAUUCAGGUGUAUCGACGGUGUGUUGAUUGAUGGAAAUGACAAAGGCAUCUCUAAAAUGGUGUUCAAGUCAUGCAGUGGACGGGACGGAAUAUUUCCGUUUGUAACGAGUGACACCAGCUGGCUGACAACCUGCCCACAAAACCCACUCGCCGUGGGUCAGUAUGUAAACAACUGCUCCAACCACAGGCCUGCUAACGUGUGCUACCAGGAGUAUGAUGUGCCGGACGGGUUUCCCAUCGAGCUCCGCCAGUAUCUGCCUAAUGUCAACUACAGUCAGGGAACACAGAGACGUCUACGCUGCGUCGUCCUUGUGUCACUCAGAGACAUCACAGAAGGAGAGGAACUCUUCUCCAACUACUACACCAUCGUGCAUUAAAGCCAAUUACACUCCAUUUUAAAACUGACUUCACUCUGUGUACGCACAGUAAUAAACUGGAAUACAGGCAAAACAUUUCUAGUGCAUUUCAUGUCCUGUCAUGUUUGUCAGAAGCAUUUUUUUUUCUUUUUUACAGCAGUCAUGUGUAAUCUUAUGUCAUCAUUUGGAUUAUAGCAGCAAAUUUACUCAUGAUCUGUAAAAGCCUGUUGGAAAAAUAAUAAAGUUUGUGUUCUCUUGUUUGUA